AUGGCGAAUAAAGCUGCCGUUCCAUUCCUGGUGACGAUGAUGCUCGUCACCGGGGUGUGCAACACCAUCCUCAACAAAUACCAGGACAUGCAAUGCGUGUGGAAUUGCGACUCGCCCUAUCCCAAAUACCGUCGCACCUUCGAGCAACCCGUUAUCCAAACUAUUCAGAUGUUCACCGGAGAAAUGGGAAGCUGGCUGGUGAUUCUCAUGACCUGGCUAUAUCAACGGUAUCUUGCUCCGCGCUUGUCCAACAACUCUUCGCCUCUUCUAGCUGGUGGUUAUCACCCUGUCAACAAUACGGAAGGACUCGACGAUGAGGAAGAUUAUACCAUCAGAGGGCCAGAAGCUUCAGAUGAUGUCACGAAGCCCGCCACGCUAGCAGACGGUCGCGUUCACCUUCGAGGAUACAAGAUCUUUCUUCUUGCUGCACCAGCGUGCUGCGAUAUCGCGGGCACAACUCUGAUGAACGUCGGGUUGCUCUUUGUUGCUGCCAGUGUCUACCAGAUGACUCGCGGUGCCCUCGUUCUAUUCGUCGGCCUCUUCAGUGUUCUUUUCCUCCACCGCAAACUAUAUCUCUAUCAUUGGUUGGCGCUGUUCAUUGUGGUCUUAGGCGUUGCUCUGGUCGGUCUUGCAGGUGCCCUCUUCGCCGACAACCAAGGGCACGACGUCACCCAAGGAAGUGCUGCUGCCGUAGUGACCCAUGCUAUCCGAGAAGUCCAGGCAACAACACGGUCUCCGGAAGCACUGAAAGCUGUCGUUGGUGUGCUGCUUAUAGCCGCAGCCCAGAUCUUCACUGCGUCCCAAUUCGUUCUGGAAGAGUGGAUCUUGGAAAACUAUGAAAUGGACCCCCUCCAGGUCGUUGGCUGGGAAGGUAUCUUCGGGUUCUCUGUCACCGUCAUUGGCUCGAUCAUCUUGUACUUGACCAUCGGACGUACGGAGGCCGGCCGCUACGGCUACUUCGAUGCAAAGGAAGGAUGGAGCCAGGUUUUCCAUAACCGAGCAAUCGCCAUGUCCAGUUUCUUGAUCAUGAUCAGUAUUGGCGGAUUCAAUUUCUUCGGUCUCUCCGUCACCCACACCGUAUCCGCUACUUCCCGCAGUACUAUUGACACCUGCCGGACCCUCUUCAUCUGGCUCGUCUCCCUCGCUCUGGGCUGGGAGACCUUCAAAUGGCUACAAGUCGCCGGCUUCGCGCUCCUCGUCUACGGAACCUUCCUCUUCAACGAUAUUGUCCGCCCGCCGCUCAAAGCCUGCCUUCCUAGUUCUCGCCGCGACCAAGAGAUUCUUCUCCCUGAAGAGCCGAUUGAGCAUAUGUAA